UCAAGAUGUCUUGGAGUAAGUUAAGGCUGAGUGGUGAAAGUUACUCAGCCGUAGCGCGAUCGAUUCGCUUGGUUGACUUGUCAGUAGUUUUCUGAAUGAAGGUUGGGCGAAUGCAUUGUGCCGGGGCCGUCAGUCGCUCGUCAGUCGUCGAGGGUAGCAGAGCUAGUGUUGUAAGGUACGGACGGCACAGUACAACCAUUGCACACGACAGUUUCGGAUACUCGCAUGCCAUUUAUCGCUACGAGGGAGAAAUAGUGCAGACCCAAGCGGUGUUUGUGGAUUACAUAUCCGAGUGAAACAGCAGCGAUAUCGGGAGCUCCUACCUCACUACAAAUCUAGCAUGGCCCCAGUACGUGUUAUGUUGGGUGUAGUCGUGUCGUGUCUAUUACUGGGUCUGACCCGGGCCCAGGGAUGUGCAAAGGAUAUAAAUAUGGAAGGGAAUGUUCUCUUCGAGAGAAUGACACAUGUCUCGGACGCAGUUGUCUCCGGAAAGGUAUUGUCCAUAGGAAGUGGCAGGGAGGCUUCCGUUCAACUUGAUUGUAUAUACAAGACAGACGGCAGUAGAACCAACAGGGAUAUUACAGUCUUACAAAGAGAAUGCCCGUUUUCCGACCUGGAGGUAGGUAUGAAGUACCUGAUGUUCAUGGAGAAAACGUCAGAAGCAUAUGCACUCAGGUACACAGCAUUUGAAGCGGACAUUAUUUCCGAGGUUGCUGCUGUGUGUGGACUCCAGCGUACACACUUUACUAAUGAUGAGGAUGCGUGCCCUCGGCCAGAAGAUCCCCCGUAUUGUAUCCAGUACCCAACCCCAACAACAGCCGGCAAACCAGAUCCGGAUGCCACACCCUCGCCGGAACCAGAAACGCAAAAACCAGAUGUGGAUGUCGUAGUCGGAGGUCAAGAAGCAACCCCAGAACCAGAGGGUGAUGGAGGAACAAACGCAGCCACAACUAACUUCCUGUCAUGCGCAUUGUCAUUGUUAUCAUUUGUAUUGUCAUUGCUUAUGUUGUAAUUAUAACAGAAAUUAGAUAUUCAGGCAGAACUCUUCAAUCAUUCCUCUAUGCACGGGUGAUAUGUACAGAUAAAUACGUAUUAGGGCGGUCACUGCCACAAGUGGUGAAUUAGGAACCAGAGCUAAGAUUCUGGAGAACAUCAAAUACAUGCUCAUCCUUGUUGGCAUGUUUCUCGAUAGGGCAAUUACUUAUCGUGUUACAGUUAGUGGCUGACCGAGGUCAACGUCACCCUAUUUCCUUAGGAUUUUGACAGGGAUGAAACUAAUAGAAAAGUGUGAAAAUAUUUUUUCUUCGCUCAACAUUUGGCAUAAAUCCAAUCUUUAUAGUUGAUGGGCAUUUUGAAGGCGCCGUAUAAUGCAUAAGACGUCCAGUCUAUACUGACGAAAUGCUUUCCUAGAAAUAUCGAUCUAAUCUGUUUAAUAUCGCCACUUACAGCGCACAGGAAAGUGUUACAUCAAUACAUGAUGGAAGAUAUCAUGUCUACGCCUUAUUAUUGUAACAGGGAAUAUUAUUGUGCAUAGCGCAUGGCAUGAGCGCCAUAUAGGCCAUGUCACGUGACCACAGGAAUGUAGAAACUCAUUUCAAAGGGUGUAUGAAAACGAGACUAUUUGUAGUUUAAAUGUAAGCUGUCGUACCCUACCUAACCGUACUUCCGAUGAACUCACGUAAAUCACGGACAAAUCAUGAGAACAAACGAGAUUUGGUCUCAUCUUGGUGACGUUUGAUGUUCCACAAGGGAGGGUGGGCUGGAAGCUCUUACCUACAGUCAGUGGGUUGGUAGUUCCUAUCCACAGUCAUUCGGCGACACUCUGAAUCGGGGCAGGGUAAGUCCAGUAUUCACGGGUAUUAGGUAGACAUAUUAUUGUUAAGCUAAAUAGCACUUGUUUCUGAGUUCGAUUCAUUAUCUGUAUAUAGACGGUAAACUUGUUUACGAGUUCGGUUUAUUACUUGUACAUAGACAGUACAGCCACUUGUUUUAUCGAUGCUUUUGUGUUUAUUCCAUUUUUAUUUAAUACCAUUUACGAUUUUUUAACAUAUUUCCCUUGUUUACGGUCUAUGUUCAAUCUCUCGCCUUCUUCUAGUCACCACUGCCCACGCCAUCAUCUCAAUCAACUGUGUGUUUGUGUUGUAUGUCGCUAUCAACAAAACGCUUGUUUAAUUUUUUUUAUAUACGUACAAAUGUACAGUAUGCGAUCCAAAUUCUACUAUACACGUGGUGUAAGAAAAUUUUCAGCACAUGACACGUUUUAGUCAAUAAAUAGUUAUAUUCCAAGACUUGAAUAGAAACUUCCGGCAUGGUUUACUAGCUGCAGUGUUACCGGUGUUACAACUACGCUCCUGAGUCCUGUAUGUGUUGUAAAAAUGACAGUGUAAAAGUGCGUUUGUAGUGAAUAUGUACAUUUCAUGUCACGAAUGCUUUUCUACAUCAGCUUUGUUUGAGCAGAGAUCAGUUUCUUACCAGUUUAACGCGCCUUUCCAUGUUGUACAAGAUUCCAAGUUCUAAAUGUUUGUUUAAUUCUUCGUCAUGUGUAUAACUGAAUACUUGACUGUUUUUUUUGCAUAUAAGUUAAAAAUAGAUUUCGAUUGGCUUUAUAAAUAGCACGAGCUCUGGUCAAGUGGUGUGCGCUGUUGUCAUACGUUUGGAGUACAUGUGUAUGUUUAUUAUUAAUAAGUUCUAUAUUUAUUUUUUACAUAUUUGUGUAUUGUGUAAAAGUGAUUUGAAUAUUACGUCACAGAGCUCGAAUUCGUCUGGAUUCAUCUCAUAUAAUACUUUAAAGUUUUAAAGUGUGCUUAGUUCGCCUUUACUAGAACCACAUGGAAAUCUACUCGCGCAAAUGUGAUACCAGUGCCGUGGUAGUAUGUUAUACCAGUACCAUGGUAGUGUGGUGUACCAAUACCUUGGUAGUAUGUUAUACCAGCAACGUGGUAGUUUGUUAUACCAGUACCGCGCUAGUGUGUUAUACCAGUACCAUGGUAGUGUGGUGUACCAAUACCGUGGUAGUAUGUUAUACCAGCAACGUGGUAGUUUGUUAUACCAAUACCGUGGUAGUGUGGUGUACCAAUACCGUGUUAGUAUGUUAUACCAGCAACGUGGUAGUAUGUUAUACUAAAUACCAUGGUAGUGUUGUAUACCUAUACCGUGGUAGUGUGGUAUACCAGUACCGUGGUAGUAUGGUAUACCAGUACCGUGGUAGUAUGUUAUACCAAUACCGUGGUAGUGUGUUAUACCAGUACCGUGUUGGUGUGCAAUACCUUGGUGGUGUGGUAUACCAAAUACCAUGGUAGUGUUGUAUACCAAUACCGUGGUAGUGUGGUAUACCAGUACCUUGGUGGUGUGGUAUACCAAAUACUGUGGUAGUGUGGUACUUUUAGAGUUAAAUCGUGGUAAAGCUUACUCUGUUUCCUUUUGUGUGUGUAAAUAUCGUCGCAGCAAUCAUGUAUCUCGCGUGGAGAAAAUGCGCUCGAGAAAAUUGUACUUGACCUUCGGAUUGGGGUCAUGUGACGUAAUAUAUAUAUGGAUAGUUACUAUUUACACUGAACAAUACUCACCUUUGUAGUUUACCCAUAGAUGUAGGAUGUAUUCUAUAGCAAUAACGAUCUGAAAUGUAAUACUCUAUACAAUACUCUCCGCGUCAGUUCGGCUUAGUGCUGUUUCGCCUUUGUAUUUUAUUGGUUUGAACGUUUUAAUUCCCCCGGUAGAGAAGGAAGAUAAGGUUUGAGUUUUAAUAAAAAUCUUUAAAAAACCCUCAGAAGUUUACAAUGAAGAAACAAAUUCUAAAUUUAACGGUUAUGACGUUUGAAAUAUUUUCUUUUGAAACAUGUUUUUUGUUUACGGCAAACUUUGGUUUUUCGUUCCGCAAAUGGCGGAUAUGUAAUAUGAACUUAAUUUAAAUGAUAUUAUUUCCUGUAUUUAAGUUAACAAACAGAUCUCUUUGUAAGGGACUUGUAUCCACUUUGUGCUUUGACAGGACAAGUUGAGGUGCCAAUGUGUUAUAUAAGUGUAACUCAACAUUUCUGGAAGUAGUUUCACUUUUGUAUUACAAUUGUCACCAAACACGUUAAUGACACUAGCCACGGUUACCUCCCUGUUGGCCUGAUAGUAGCUAUUUCCGCUGUACAUCUGCAUUGAUAUUUAUACGGGAAAACAGUAUGUACAACUCUGUACAAACGCCUCACUGAUACAGAUGUAGGUUCGGUUCAUGUUCUUUCUGGAAACAGGGUAACGAGCUACAUGUUGGUCUAAUGAUGAGCCGACUAGGUAUAAUGUUGACUCCGCUUGCUUUAAUGUUGACCGGUUUAGGUCUGAUGUUGACGGGGCUGGUCUAUUAUUGUUGACGGUAUAUGAUAUCGAUGUUGACCGGGUUCGGUAUGCUAUCGAUGUUGACCGGGCAAGGUCUAAUAUUGAUCGGAAAAGUCUUAUGUUGACUGAACUAGGUAUAAUUUGGACCUUUAUCCUUACAUGUCAAGGAAAAUGAUUAUACUUCAGUCAAGUUUUCUUUUUUCUUUAAUAAAGGUCUUUACUUUUAACCGUGGCCUGACUGGUUAAUGCUUUAGAGGUAUCCGAGAACCGUGGGACAGGGGGUACCGUUGCUAGUGUCAACAUGUCCUCGCUGUUCAGGAUAUAUUUAUGCAAUGGAUGUAAUGCUAAGUGCUGUAACUUUCUAAUAAAAAGAAAAAAAGACAG